UAAGCGAGUCGCUCGGAGCCAGCGGGGAGCUGCCGCGACAGCUGGCCGGGUGGCGUGGGGACAUCGCGCCGCGACCUGAGCCGUGCCCUUCGCCUCCACUCCGCGCCCCGAUGGCGACGCCUUCGCAAAAAAGGAGCACCCGCAGCGGGGCUGCGGGGACCCCCCUGUCCCCCACCCGCAUCACGCGGCUGCAGGAGAAGGAGGAUCUGCAGGAGCUCAAUGACCGCCUGGCCGUGUACAUCGACAAGGUGCGCUCGCUGGAGCUGGAGAACGCCGGCCUGAGGCUCCGCAUCACCGAGUCCGAGGAGGUGGUGAGCCGGGAGGUGUCGGGCAUCAAGGCUGCCUACGAGUCGGAGCUGGCGGAUGCCCGCAAGACCUUGGAUUCGGUGGCCAAGGAGAGGGCUCGGCUGCAGCUGGAGCUCAGCAAAGUGCGGGAGGAGCACAAGGAGCUGAAAGCGCGGAAUGCCAAGAAGGAAGGGGACCUGCUGACUGCCCAGGCACGCCUGAAGGACGUGGAGGCUUUGCUUAACUCCAAGGAGGCCGCGCUCUCCACAGCCCUGGGUGAGAAGAGAAACCUGGAAAAUGAAGUGCGAGACCUGAGGGGACAAGUGGCCAAGCUGGAAAGCGCCCUGGGCGAAGCCAAGAAGCAGCUGCAGGAUGAGAUGCUGCGGCGCGUGGAUGCCGAGAACCGGCUGCAGACUCUCAAGGAGGAGCUGGAAUUCCAGAAGAACAUCUACAGCGAGGAGCUGCGUGAGACCAAGCGGCGCCACGAGACGCGGCUGGUGGAGAUCGACAACGGGCGGCAGCGCGAGUUUGAGAGCAAACUCUCCGAGGCCCUGCAGGAGCUGCGCAGCCAGCACGAGGCCCAGAUCAGGAUGUACAAGGAGGAACUGGAGAAAACCUACGGGGCGAAGCUGGAGAAUGCCAAGCAGUCAGCUGAGAGGAACAGCAACAUGGUGGGUGCUGCCCACGAGGAGCUGCAGCAGACCCGAAUCCGCAUUGACAACCUGUCCUCAGAAGUCAGCCAGCUGCAGAAGCAGCUGGCUGCCAAGGAGGCGAAGCUGCACGACCUGGAGGACAUCCUGGCCAGGGAACGCGAGACCAACCGGCGCCUGCUGUCCGACAAGGAGCGGGAGAUGGCCGAGAUGAGGGCGCGCAUGCAGCAGCAGCUGGAUGAGUACCAGGAGCUGCUGGACAUCAAGCUGGCCCUGGAUAUGGAGAUCAACGCCUACCGCAAGCUGCUGGAGGGCGAGGAGGAGCGGCUGAGGCUGUCCCCCAGCCCUUCAUCCCACAAAGGUGCCUCCCGGAGCCACCUGUCCACUUCGAGCUCCUCCAAGAAGAGGAAGCUGGAGGACAGCGAGAGCCGGACCAGCUUCUCCCACCAUGCCCGGACCAGCGGCCGUGUUGGCGUGGAGGAGGUGGACCUGGAGGGCAAGUUUGUCCGUCUCAGGAACAAGUCCAACGAGGACCAGGCCAUGGGGAACUGGCAGAUCAAGAGGCAGAAUGGGGAUGAUCCCCCCCUCACCUACCGCUUCCCCCCGAAGUUCACCCUCAAGGCUGGCCAGGUGGUCACGAUCUGGGCCUCGGGAGCUGGAGCAACCCACAGCCCCCCCAGUAACUUGGUGUGGAAAGCCCAGAACAGCUGGGGCUCCGGGGACAGCCUGCGCACCGCCCUCAUCAACUCCAACGGGGAGGAGGUGGCCAUGAGGAAACUGGUGCGCACUGUGGUCAUCAAUGACGAUGAGGAUGAGGAUGAUGAUGAAAUGAGCAUCCACCACCGCCACCACCAUGGCUGCAGUGGCUCUGGGGACCCCGGCGAGUACAACCUGCGCUCCCGCACCGUGGUGUGUGGCACGUGUGGCCAGCCGGCCGACAAGUCGGGCUCCCAGAACGCCGGCAUCACCUCCAUGUCCUCGGGCUCGUCCAGCUCCAGCGUCACCGUCACCCGCAGCUACCGCAGCAUGGGCGACUCGGGCAUCGGCCUCGGGGACAGCCUGGUGACCAGGAACUACCUCCUGGGCAGCUCCAGCCCCCGCAGGCAGGCUCAGGCUGUGCAGAACUGCAGCAUCAUGUAAUUCCAUGGCGCAUUCCUGUGGUUCCUGCCUGUCUCCAGCUAGGUUUGUUUUUUUUUUUCCCAAAGCAAAGAAAUUUUUUUCCCUUUAAAAAAACAAGAUAUCAAAAACCAAGGUUGUUUUUUUUUUUUUUGUUUUCUAUAGCAGGAAUUUUAUAUAUAUAUAUAUAUUAAAAGUGCUAAAAGAUGCUUUGAUUUUUUUUUUGUAAAGAAAAAAAUCUAUUUCUAUAUAAAGAAAACCAAACCAAAAAAUAGCUUUUCAGCUUCAAAUAUUUUUUAGAACUUCAGCCAAAGACAGCAAAGAACUGUGUUUACAGAGCAGCCAUGCAGGAGGAGUUUGUAGCUGAAAUGCUCCUUCCAUUGUACCCUUUUUGCCAAAGCUUUUUACAUAGGACAGGGAGAAGCGCAGCCGUACCCACUGGAGCUGCGUGCCACAGGGCCUGCUGUCCUGUCUCAAGUGGAGCACAGUGCCUUUACAACCCUUUUUUCUCGGGAUCUGAAGCCAAAAUUCCCUUUUUUUUUUUGUCAUUUUUGAGUUGUGAUUCCCGGCGGUGCCGGCGCGGGGGCUCCCGGCAGCUCGCGGGCGAUGCCCACGUCUCUGUGUGGCCAUUGCCCCCUCCCCAGCCCCCUGCCCGCCUGCCCUCCCUGCUCUGUGUACUGUAUCCCCCUGAUUCCCCAUCCCAGGCACCUCUUGCCCUUUUUCUAAAUCAGCCAAGUUGUGCCUUAGCUGAGGGGUUGGGCUGGGAGCCCCACUGGAGCGGAGAUGGAGCAGGGCAAGUGGAAACAGCGGAGCUGCGUUUUGGGACCAGGUGGAUUUGACAGCUGGGGUGAUGGAGCUCAGUCCCACGAGCUCAGCCCCAGCAGGGUUCCCCCCAGGACCCCUCUUUGAGAGCCACUGCAUCCAGAGGGGUUCAUCCCCCCAAGAGGGGUUCAUUCCCCAAAGGGGUUCAUCCCCAUCUGCAUACAGAGGGGUUCAU